AAUGGACCAAAUUGAGCAUAGAAUAUAAUAAUUAAACCCUGAUUCCUCAUCUGUGAAGGAAAUUAUGGAUAUCUUAUCACAAUAUCAUUAAAUAACAACUGUAUGUAUUAUUUGGGAAAUACAAUUCAAUAGAGAGAUUCUAUACAAAAAGUAGUAUUAACCUUAAAAUCUUGUUAAGAAUACUUUAGCCAAUAAAAUUACGAUCAUUAUGGAGAAAUGGAUAUUAAGGUUUAGAAUCUAAUAGAGGAUGUUCAACGUUUAGAAGUAGUGAAAAUGAAGAAAUCCUUUACAAAGAAGAUGUCAACAAAGUAUAAAUUUAAGUAAUAUAUUUGCUAAUAGAUCAAUUCGAACAUUGUCAAAUAAAUUACGAAUAGCAUUGCAUAUAUUGGAGGCAGAAUGGAUUAGCAAAAAUAAUACAACUUUCUAAUAUAAGUGGGCAUCAAUUAAAAUGAAGAAUAUUUAACAGUAGAAAUGUUUAGUAUUUUAGAAUGAUGAAGUUGGAUAUGAAGAAGUGGGAUAAAAAAUAGUUUGAAUUAUUGAUUUGUAGAAUAUGUGAAAAGAAAGUACAAGCUUUUGAAAUGAAAAUACAUUGUGAGGAUUGUCAGAAAACAGCUGAGGCAAAGAAAAGGAUAUUAGAAUUGAAUUUGGACAUGGCAAAUCUGUGUGAAGCAGCAUAUUAGGAGAAAAGAAAUGCUUAAGUAAAAUAAGCUCUAAUAAAGUAAGAUUUGAUAAUAGUUAGUAAAAAUAAAAAAGUAUAAAAAAAUAAUAAUAAAUUCAGAAGAACUCAGACAUUCAAUAUUGAUGAGUAAGAGAACGAAUAAGAGUUAAUAAAUAUAAAUAAUGCUAUGACAAUUAUAAUAAAUUAUGCUGACAAAAUAGUGAAUUAAUCAAAUGAUGAUCCUAAGUGUAAGAAUUAUGUGACUAAAUAGAAAAUUUGGUAAUCCUUAAUGAUUUAUCAAAUGCAGGAAAUUACAUAGAAAGUAAUGAAGCAAAGACAAUAAUAACACGUGCUCACAAGAGUAUCCUUGAUAGAAUGGAACAUUUCAAGAAAUAAGAAGGCCAUCAUCAUCAAUAAUAUGAUAUGACACUUCAACUGUCUAAGAUUUAAGCAAUGAAAAAGUCUUUUACAAAGUAGAACUCUCUCUCAUUUCGGUAAUCAAAAUUUUCUUAAGUGUCUUAAUCACCAAGAAAUAGAGUAGCUGAUCCAAUAUUUGAAUAGGAAGAGGGAGAGAAAUUAAAUUAACCAAUAAUACCUAAAAGAAGAGAAUUCAAAAUGAAUACUUCAAUAUUUAAAGUGAAUGAAGGUUGUGAGAGUCCAAGAAUAUCAAAUAAACCAUAUACAGUUGGAUUUAUAAAUGAUCAUACAGAUUCAGAUAGUUUAAGAUAGCCAUUUUCUUUUGAUUCUGAUGUUGGAGAUAAUAAGGUUCCAUCAAUUAAAGAAGAACAUAAUAAUACAUCUUCUGAAGAAUCUAGUUUAUCAAAUGCUUCAAAUAAACUAAGAAGAUAAUUACAAAUUAAAUAAAAAAAGAAAAGAGUUUCUAAUUUUCAUUCUUAAGAUAUUCAAUAAACAACCACUCCAACAUCUUCCACUUAAUAAUUGUAAGUGACUAAGAAAAGCAAAUUUAGUACUAAUGUUUCAAACAAUAGUCCUUAACUUAUUUAGGAAUAGGAAUAGAUUGAUCCUGUUCAUACAGACAAAGGAUACCAUUCUGAUUCUGAUAUGAUUAAAACCAAUUCUACUAUAUCCAUUGAACAAAAGAAUGUAGGAAUCAAAGAUUUUGAAUUUAUUAAACCUUUAGGUAAAGGAGCUUAUGGGUGGGUUUUUUAAGUAAAAAAGAAAGGUUCUGGAGAUAUGUAUGCAUUAAAAAUAAUUGAUUGUGCUUAGAGAGUAUUAAUAUUAGAUAUAUAAAUUAAUAGAAUUUAGAAGCCUUUUUAGAAUAGUUAAAAGCUGAAAGGAAUAUUUUUGAAAUUCUCAAUAGUCACUUUGUCGUCAAAGCUUAUUUCUCAUUUGUUCAUGAACAUUAUUUAUGUUUUGUCCAAGAGUAUAUGGUAGGGGGAGAUUUGGCUAGUAUUUUGAAGACAUAUACAGCAUUAGAUGAAUUCUAUGUGAGACAUUACAUGGCAGAAAUUGUGUUAGCUCUAGAAUAUCUGAGAAAUCAAAAUAUAGUUCAUAGAGAUUUAAAACCAGAAAAUAUUUUAUUGGAUUCUUAAGGACAUACCAAAUUAGCAGAUUUUGGGUUAUCUGAAAAAGGUUUGAAUAGUAGAUUAAAAAUGAAAAGAGACACAUCUUAAUUACCUGAUUGUAUUUCCUAACAGUUUAAUGAUUCCUCAGAAUUUUAUGAACAUAUCAAAAAGGCUGAAUCAAUCUUUAUUGAAUCUAAAAAUAGUGGAAAUAAAAAGUAUUUCUUAAAACAUAUAUAGGAUUAUUGGAACUCCUGAUUAUAUUGCACCUGAAAUUAUUCAAGGAGUUUCAGUCACCAACUAUUCAGCCGAUUAUUGGAGUCUAGGUGUUAUCAUGUACGAAAUGUUAUGUGGAAUUGCACCUUUUAAUGAUGACACUGUUGAAAAGAUUUUUGAGAACAUCCUCAAUUUAAGAAUUGAAUGGCCUAAAUUAGGAGAUGAUGGAGAAGAAUGCAUUUCCUAUGAUUCUUAUGAUCUUCUUACACGUCUCUUAGAACCAGACUAUAAAAAGAGGAUUGGGCAUAUUUCUAUUGAUGAAAUAAAAUAGCACAAGUUCUUUAAAGGUUUAUUAAUAUCAUAAUAGUUUUUUAGGUAUUGAAUGGAAUACAUUAUUGAACAAACCUGGUGUCAUAAUCCCUGAUUUAGACCAAUCUUCUAGAGAUACUGAAAAAAUGGAAUAGUUCUUAGUUAAGUUAACUAAACCAACUAAAGAUUAGGAACAUAAAAAAUUAACAUAGCAGCUAAAGAAUCAAUUAUAAAACUUGGAACGUAUAGAUCUUCUGAAAUAAAGAAGUGUGCAAGAGGCUGAGGAAUAUAUGUAAUUCUUUUAACUUAUCUCUUAGAUAGAUGAUCGAAAGAGAAUAAAGUUAUAUACAAACAUAGAUUAAUUAACUUACUCAAUUUACUGCAAAGUUAUAUUCUUCAAAUAUGAAAAACAAAUGA